AUGGCCCACAGAGGCACCGAAGCCCCCAUGGACUUCCAAUACGACCACCCCCGUGUCCCCGCCGACCCCAACUCACCCUUCACACGCUUCACAGCACUCAAACGCACGCACUCCGACCUCCGCUCGCCCACCCCCAACCCGCCCGCCCUCGCGCCCCCCAACUCCGAGCGCUUCCUCUUCCCCAAGUCGUCCUACCCCACCACGCCCCCGCCGCCACCCCCGCAGUUCCGCAAGGUCUCCACCACAACCCCGCGCAGCUCCGCCCUCGACAUGUCCGACUUCACCGACCCGGACCUCUUCACCCCCGCCACCACGCCCAAGCUCACCUUCCGCGGCGGCGGCCACCACGACCCUCCGCGCGGCCGCUACCACGACGGCGCAAUCACAAAGCUGAAGCGCCGCACGCGCUCCACCUCCACCAAGCACACGCCGCGCCUCCCCCUCCUCGACCUCGACUGGGACUCCGACGACACCACCACCGCCGCCGCCCCGCGCCGCCCCGCCACCGCCCGCUGGGCCGACAACCACCGCGACGUCCCCCUCAUCAUCUCGCAGUACGUGCAGCUCUUCUUCAACACCUCCCUCGUGCUGCUCUUCCUCUACGCGCUGCUCAGCGCCUACAUCACCGUGCGCCGCGACGUCGCCGAGAAGCUCUCGCAGCACAGCGCCGACCUGGUCGCCGCCGCAAACACGUGCGCGCACCAGUUCCUCGUCAACCGCUGCGCGCCCGGCAUCCGCGUGCCGGCCCUGCAGAGGGCGUGCGCCGACUGGGAGCGCUGCAUGAACCGCGACCACACGCAGGUCGGCAAGGCGAAGCUGAGCGCGCAGACGUUUGCGGAGAUUGUGGAGAGCUUGGUGGAGCCGGUGAGUUAUCGCACCAUGGCUUUCGCGGUGGUCGUGGGCUGCUGUGCGCUCUUUGUGCCGAAUUUUGCGCUGGGGUUGUAUAGAGCGCGGGCGGUGGGGCAUCCGGCGCCGGUGUUGGCGGCGGCGGCGCCGCCGAUUGCGGAGCGGUUGGAGUAUAGGGUGGAUAGGGUGGAGACGACGCCGGAGAGGAGGUGGGGGGGGAUGGAGACGCCCGGGAGGAGGGGGGAGACGCCGGGGAGGAGGGGGGAGACGCCGUGGAGGAGGAGGAUGUUGGUGUGA